AUGAGGCGCUUGUGGACUUCCUCGAGGCAAACAAAAUCACAAUGUCUUAAGAGCUCUGAUGAGUCAUCUGAUUGCGAGGAGUCUGACUCUGAAAGUGGGGAUAUAGAUUUCUUGCAGAGCCUUAGGCUCACAGUGGUUGAUAUGAUGAGCAGCUUACAGGGUUAUCUUCAGACUUUCUUUGGUGGUUCAGUUGUGAAAAAUGGCUCUACAAAUGCUGAUGGAAGUGAAGAAACAAUUCUUGUGGACGACCAUUUAACAGCAUCCUUGAUGGGAUUAGCAGUCAUGGUUAUGGUGGUCAUCGCGAUGAGGCGAGGUUAG